AAUCAUUUCAUUUCUCUGAGGACAAAGACGAUUAGACCGGACAACGUGAGGACUGUUAUAGAUUACACAAACAUGAGUUUCAAAAUACGGGCUGCAAGGAAAGAGGACUGCAAAGACAUAUCGAGAAUGAUAUUGGAGUUGGCGGUGUAUGAAAAAAUGUCAGACCAAGUGAAGAUAUCUCAUGAAGAACUGGAGCGGGACGGUUUCUGCCAGAAUCCCUUCUUUGAAUGCCUCGUCGCAGAAGUUCCUGAGGAGCAUAAAUCUAAAGAAGGAUUCACAGUUGUCGGAUAUGCCCUUUACUUUUACACGUACAGUUCAUGGAAGGGGCCGACAGUAUAUUUGGAGGACCUGUACGUGAUGCCAGAAUUCAGAGGAAGAGGCAUUGGCAAGGGUUUACUGAGCAGUGUCGCUGAGGUGGGGAAGCAGAAGCAGUGCGUGCGGCUGCAGCUGUCUGUGUUGGACUGGAAUACGCCCUCCCGAGACUUUUACGCUGCUAAAGGAGCUCAGGACCUGACUGUCAGCGAAGGCUGGCAUUUCAUACGUUUUGAUGGACAAAGCCUGGAUAAUUUAGCAAAUGAAGCUCCGAAAGAUUAAAAGUAUGUAUCUUGCUGUGAAAGAAUGAGUUUGGUAAACAAAAUCAUGUCCUAACAUUAAGCCUUUUAUAUUUACAGUGACCUACCUAUAAUUUAUAAAUCAGAUUUUAAAUACUCUUAUUUUACUAAACCCUUUGAAACCUGGAUCGACAUCAGUUUUCUUGUCUUGUGUUCAGACUCCUCUCACAAACAUUUAACCUUUUAAAGCUGAGCAAAUUUGUUUGAUUUCUUUCAAAAAAGUUAAUCAGCAAUUUGGCAUAACAUUUCCUACAAAUUGCAUUGCAUUAUUCAAAGGUGACAAAAAACAACCUUGAAAUUAGCUUUAAACAAUAAAGAGCGAAUAAUUAUGAAAUUAUCAUUAAACAAGGGGAAAAUGUCAAAAUUAUUUUGUAAUUAUAAUUAACUGAA